AUGAGGUUUUCUGCAAAUUUUGCAGCUUCGAUCUCUUCUGUCAUAUUGGUGGGUAUUGGUCCUGAAACGGCUCCUACAUUGGUGGAGAAACUAGGCCAAGAUCAGAGUGGGAAGAGAGUAGACAUCGAUGACAAUGAGAGCUUAGGAAAAGUGGUUUCUUAUGCUGUUGGAACAUGUGCUUUAACACUAUUUAUUAAUGAGGAUGGCAAUGAGGCUGAGAUACAGCUACAAGAGAACGCAAAUAGUGACAGUGACGAUGGUGGUCGUAACACCAUUGAUGAGCGCAAGUAUAAGAAGUUUGAGCUUGGGCAGUGUUACUCAACAAUUCAAUCUUUCAAGAGUGUAGUUACAAAGUAUGCAGUGAAGAAGAAGUAUGACAUAUCUUACUUCAAGACGGAUAGCAAAAGAGUUGUUGCCGUUUGCUGUAGAAGAACGUGUCUUUGGAGGAUUUGUGCAUCGAUUAACAGCACUGGCAGCAGGGUUGUGGUAAGAUCUGUACAAGCUGAGCAUAACUGUACAUGGCAAGGUAAAGUUUAUCUCUGCUUACUAACACACGCAUAG